AAAUAAAUAAACCUAAAAAAACCCAGUGAGAGAUAGAGAUAGAGAGAGAGAGAAAGAGAAAGGUCUCUGUGCAUCAUCUCCAUCUCUGAAAUAGGAAAACCACAGAGAGAGGUUUUUUAAUGUCUACCCACCGCCUCUGAAUCUUGUUGUCAAAGUUCUCUUUGUUGUAUAACUAGAAGAACCCUUUUGGCUUCUCUCUUCCUCAUUUCACUCAAAUCAAAGAAACUAAAAUAUCUCCAUUUUUAGCUUCCUUAAUUUUCACAACAAAUUCUUGAUUGUUCUUCCCUUUUCUGUUUCUUCUUUGUUUCUUGUCACUUCAGAUCUGUAAAACCCACAAUCACAUUUCCACAGUUUCGUUUUGCAUUUUUAUUUUCUCUUUUCUUUCUGGAUUUUGUUUGUUUUAACUGCAAAAUAUGAGUAAAGAAGAGUUCGUGAAGAUUCAGACUACCUCUCUGAAAGUGAACAUCCACUGUGAUGGCUGCAAGCGAAAAGUGAAGAAAAUCCUUCAGAAAAUCGAGGGAGUUUACACCAUCAAAAUAGAUCCAGAACAGGGGAAGGUUACAGUAUCGGGAGAUGUUGAUCCAGACACACUCAUCAAGAGGCUUGCUAAAAGCGGAAAGCUUGCGGAGGUUUGGGGUGCUCCGACGACGAAGCCAAAUCCACAGAUCAACAAUCAAUUUAAGAACAUGCAGAUUGACGGUGGUAAAGGCGGUGGUGGUGGCGGUGGUGCCGGAAAUAACAAAAACCAGGGGCAGAAAGGCGGUGGAAACAAUAAUAACAAUAAUAAUCAGCAGCAGCAAGGUAAAGGAGGCGGCCACCAGCAACCACCGCAGCAAGGCGGUGGUCCGACCCCGCAACAACUUCAACAGUUUCAACAGCUUCAACAAAUGAAAGGGUUUCAAGAUCUGAAGAUGCAUCCCCAAUUUAAGGACAUGAAAAUGCCCCCUUUUGGUAACAACCCCGGAGGUGGUGGUGGUGGUGGCGGCGGCGGAAAGAAUGCACAGAAGAAUGUGAAAGUUAUUGAGGAUGAUGGGAGUGAAGAUGAUUACGAUGAUGAAGAUGAUGAGUUUGAUGAUGAUUAUGAUGAUGAUGAUGAGUUUGAUGAUGAUUUGGAUGACGUUCCUGUGAAGAAACCGGUGAUGAUGGGUGGCGGAGGUCCUCAAGGUCAGAUGGCUAAUAUGGUACCACAGCUCAUGAAAAGUGGGCAGAUUCCGCCACAGUUUAUGAAUAUGAAGAACGGACAAAUACCACCGCAACUCAUGAAAGGUGGUGGUCCGAUGCCACAGCAGCAGAUGAAGGGUGGUCAGAUGCCACCUCAGCAGCAGAUGAAAGGUGCUCCGACUCCCCAGAUGGGUAAUAACGGCGGUGGUGGAAAGAAAGGUGGAGGAGGAGGUGGUGGAGGUGGAGGUGGUGGUGGUAAUGUUCCUGUACAGAUGAAUGGUGGUGGAAAGAAAGGUGGUGCCGGAAACAAUGGUGGAAACCAAAAUCAGAGUGGCGGAGGAGGGAAGAAUGGUGGUAAAAAUGGUGGACCUCCUCCAGAUGGUCAAAAUAAGAAUGGUGGUGGUCAAAAUAAGAAUAAUGGUGGUGGUGGCCAAGGUGGUGGGGGUGGAGGUGGCGGUGGUGGUGGUGGUGGCAACAUGAACAUGAACGUUAAUGGAGGUAAGAAAGGUGGGAUGAAUGAUGGAAUACAUGGCAUGCCAAACAUGAUGGCGAUGAGUGGUGGUGGGGGUAAUGUGGGGCUCAUGGGAAACAUGCCUAUGAACAGUCAGAUGGGUCCUCGAAUGGGUCAACAACAGAUGGGGAAUCAAAUGGGUCAAAUGGGUCAAAUGAAUGCAUCCAUGGGUCAUAUGGGUAACAUGCAAGCUGUUCAAGGACUUCCAGCUGGUGCCGGAAUGAACGGUGGCGGCGGCGGCGGCGGCGGCGGUGGUGGUGCCGCCGGUGCUGGUGGAUAUUUCCAAGGUGGUGCACCGGAAUCCAUGGCUAAUAACCCUUAUUACCAGCAACAAAUGGCGGCAAUGAUGAAUCAGCAAAACCCGAACGGUAAUGAAAGAUUCCACCCAAUGAUGUAUGCCCGGCCACCACCGGCGGUCAACUAUAUGCAACCACCACCAUAUCAACCUUACCCACCCUACCCCUACCCCCACCCACCACAGGGUGACCCUAUCACACACUACUUCAGUGAUGAAAACACCUCAAGUUGCAGCAUCAUGUGAGACGAAACCUCAGGCGGAUGGCGGUGGAUGGUGGUCGCACGGCGGCUCCGCCACCACUAGUUUCCAUCAAGCAGGACCAAGAGAGAUGGGGUUUUCUUUAGCUUUAGUUGUUUCCCUUUUGUUUUACUUUUACUUGAUCCUGAAGAUGGAUUAGGGUUUUUUAAAUUAUGAUCUUAGGGGAGUAAUAUAUAGAUGAUAAUAUUUUAUCAAAGCUUAGGGGAAGAAUGAGAUGUUAGUGACACUAGUGAGUGGGGGAUGAUGAUGAUGAUCAUGGUUAUGAUGAUGGAUUAUGAGCUUGAUGUUUAUAUGUGUUCAUAUGUUGAAAAAAAAAACAGAAAUAAUAUAAAAUGAGAUUGGGGGUUUUAAGAAACAAAAGAAAGUUUCCCCCAUUUCUUCCCCCU